AUGGCGAUGUCGACGUCGGCGGCGAGGAAGAUGAAGCAGCUCCCCGUGCCGGCCAGCCGGCUGUGGGACGCGGGCAUCCGCAAGCUCCAAAACAUCCGCCGCGUCGGCGCCGUCGUGCCCGCGGCCGCGUCGUCGGGCGGCGGCCCCGUCGUAGACACCGCCGACGCCGUCACGCCCAGCUUCUCCCCCUCGGCGUCGACGUCCAAAACCAUUUACCAGUACGACGGUGACGGCGACUGCGACGGCGGCGACGACGGCAGCAGUACCGAGGGCGGCGCCAAUGACGACGACGACGACGCCGCCGGGCUCGGCGAGCCCACCCACGCCGAGCAGCCACUUGCCAGCGGGGACUUCUACGAGGGCGACCUGCGCGGGGACCUCCCGCACGGCACGGGUAAGUUCCUCUCGACCGACGGCAGCAUAUACGAGGGCUCCUGGCGCCGCGGCCGCGCCUCCGGGCACGGCAAUCUCUCCUGGCCGUCCGGCGCCACCUACGAGGGCGACUUCCACGGCGGGUACAUGCACGGCCAGGGCACCUUCAUCGGCGAGCUCGGGGACGCCUUCGCGGGGCUCUGGGCGGGGAACCUCCGCCACGGCCGCGGCACGCAGGCGUACGCCAACGGGGACGUUUACGACGGCCACUGGAGCGAGGGUCUGCAGGACGGCCACGGGCGGUACAUCUGGCGCCACGGCCACGAGUACAUCGGCGCCUGGAGGGCCGGCGACAUGCACGGCUGCGGCACCGUCAUCUGGGCCGACGGCGACCGCUACGACGGCGCGUGGGAGGGCGCCAGGCCCAGGGGCCAGGGCACGUUCCGCUUGGACGGCGGCGGCAUGUACAUCGGCACCUGGCGGUGGGAGCUGGAGGAUGCGGCAGGCGCGGUGCGCGCCGACGGCCUCUACUACCCGCCGUCCGGUGGCCCCGCGGUGCCCAUGCCCCGGGAGCCAUGCGAGCCUAUCACCACGCUGAUCCAGGAGCUCGAUGUGUGCGAGGGCAAGACGGCGUCGCUGAUGCCGUCGAACAAGAUAGUCACGUGGCCAGGGGUGGAGGCCGUGCAGAAGAAGCCGGUGCAGCGACCGCCCAAGGUGAGCAAGGUGAGCGCCCCCGCUGCUGACGCCGACGCUGACCAUGGGAGGAGGUCCAGCUUGAGCAGGGGGAGCAGCGCGUCCUUGGACAUGGACAGUCUGGCGCUGGCUGAGGGUGACGCCGGCAAGGAGGCGCAGAUGGACAGGUGGUCAUACCUGCUGUCCUCGUCAUGCAUGCCCACGCCGCCGCCGAGGCCGGGGAAGAAGCAGGGGGAGACGAUAUCCAAGGGGCACAGGAACUAUGAGCUCGUGCUCAACCUGCAACUUGGCAUAAGGCAUACUGUUGGAAGGCACUCAGCACCUACAUCGCUGGAUCUUAAACCAUCAGCAUUUGAUCCAAAAGAGAAGGUGUGGACAAGAUUUCCUCCUGAAGGAUCAAAGCAUACUCCUCCUCACCAAUCAUGCGAUUUUCGGUGGAAGGACUACUGCCCACUGGUUUUCAGGACUUUGUGCAAGCUCUUCGGUGUCAACCCUGUGGAUUACAUGAACUCCAUCUGUGGGGAUGAGGCACUCAGGGAGAUUUCGUCUCCAGGAAAAAGUGGAUGUUUCUUUUACCUAACGAAUGAUGACAAGUACAUGAUCAAAACAAUGAAGCAGUCAGAAGUAAAAGUGCUUCUUAGGAUGCUUCCAUCCUACUAUAAACAUGUUCGUGCUUUUGAAAAUACUCUGAUAACUAAAUUUUUUGGUCUGCACUCUGUUAAACUUACAGGAGCGGCUAUUCAGAAAAAGGUUCGCUUUGUUAUAAUGGGGAAUCUUUUCUGCACCAACUAUGCAAUCCAUAGGCGCUUCGAUUUGAAAGGAUCCUCACAAGGUCGAAUGACUGAUAAACCAAUUGAUCAGAUCAAUGAGCAUACCACGUUGAAGGAUCUUGACCUCAAUUUCAUUUUCCGUCUGCAAGGAUCUUGGUUUCAAGAAUUCUGCAGGUGCACACAUCGCAGUUGGACAAAGAUUGUGAAUUACUGGAGCAGGAGAGGAUCAUGGACUAUAGUCUUUUGGUUGGAAUUCACUUCAAGGACAGAUGCAAAGAUAGACAGCAGCAAUUCGGAGAAUGGGACCCCUGAUAUUACCGCUGAAGAUUCUGAACAAAAUAGAAAAUCACCAUUAAAACUAGGGAUUUGCAUGCACUCAAGGGUGGAGACUGUAUUGAAGAAUACAGACGGUGAAUCUUUGCUCCUGGGUGAUCUUACUGGCGAAAUCCAGGAUGUCAUACUAUUUUUCGGAAUCAUUGAUAUCCUACAAGACUACGAUAUCAGUAAAAAACUUGAGCAUGCUUACAAAGCCAUGCAAUACGAUCCGAAUUCCAUAUCGGCUGUUGACCCAAAGCAAUACUGCAAGAGAUUUAGAGACUUCAUUUAUAGGGCUUUCACAGAAGAUGUAUAG